AUGAACUGGAGGUUUAUUGAGGUCAUCUGCUUCCUGUUUAUAUGGGACCAUAUAACAGUUCAGUCUUCCCGCCAGGACCUGUCCGCUGCCGAUCAACAUGUCACUAAGCAGUUUGAUUGGCUCAUCUCCGACCGCGGACCUUUCCACCACUCUCGGAGUUACCUCUCCUUUGUGGAAAGAUUCCGCCAAGGAUUUACAACCAGAUAUAAAAUUUAUAGGGAGUUUGCGCGUUGGAAGGUGAGGAACACAGCCAUUGAGAGGAGGGACCUGAUCCGGAACCCUGUGCCGCUCAUGCCAGACUUCCAGCGCAGUGUCCGGUUGCUAGGGCGACGACCCUCCACUCAACAGUUCAUCGACACCAUCAUCAAGAAGUAUGGAACCCACAUCCUGAUAUCCGCCACCUUGGGAGGUGAGGAGGCAUUGACCAUGUACAUGGCCAAGAACAAGCUGGACAGAAAGGUGGUCAACGCCACUCAGAAUGUGGAGGCCCUGCACCAGCUGGCCUCCUCCUACUUCAUUGACCGAGAUGGCACCAUGAGGAAACUCCAUGAGAUCCAGAUCUCUACCAAUGCCAUCAAGGUGACAGAGACUCGUACUGGCCCACUGGGAUGCAGCAGCUAUGAUAAUCUAGACUCGGUGAGCUCUGUCCUCCUGCAGAGCCCGGAGAGCAAGCUCCAUCUUCAAGGUCUCCAGGUCAUCUUUCCAGAGUACCUCCAGGAGAAGUUUGUUCAGUCGGCUCUGAGCUACAUCAUGUGUAAUGGGGAGGGGGAGUACGUCUGCCGGAACAGCCAGUGUAUCUGCAUGUGUGCUGACGAGUACCCACAAUGCAACUGUCCUAUCACUGACAUUCAGAUCAUGGAGAACACCCUGCUUGGGCAGGCGGAGUCCUGGGCCACCUCUUACAAGGACUUUGAGAACUCAGAUGAGUUUAAGUCGUUCCUGAAGAGGCUGCCCUCCACCCACUUCCUGCCGGUCAGCAGUGUCCACCUCCUGUGGGGCAGUGACUGGGACCUGCAGGCCCGCUACCGCCUGCUCCAGAGCUCCCUGGAGAGCCAGAGGCUCAAGAUCCAGCGCACCGCCCGCAAGCUCUUUGGCCUCAGCAUCCGCUGCCACCACAACCCCAACCACCAGAUGCCUAGGGAGAGGUCUGUGAUGCAGUGGCUGAACAGGGUCCAGUCCUUCCUCUACUGCAAUGAGAACGGUUUCUGGGGGACCUUCCUGGAGAGCCAGAGGAUGUGCGUGUGCCACACGGGUAUCACCCUAUGCCAGCGACCCAUCCCAUGUAUCAUUGGGGGCAACAACAGCUGUGCCAUGUGCAGCCUGGCCAACAUCUCUCAGUGCGGCUCCUGCAACAAGGGGUACAAGCUGUACCGAGGCCGCUGUGAGCCCCAGAACGUGGACUCAGAACGCAGCGAGCAGUUCAUCAGCUUCGAGACCGACCUGGACUUCCAAGACCUGGAGCUCAAGUACUUGCUCCAGAAGAUGGACUCGCGCCUCUACAUCCACACCACCUUCAUUAGCAACGAGAUCCGCCUGGAGACCUUCUUUGACCCACGGUGGCGCAAGCGCAUGUCCCUGACCCUGAAGAGCAACAAGAACCGGAUGGACUACCUCCACAUGAUCAUUGGGCUCUCCAUGAAGAUCUGCCAGAUGCGCAACAGCAGCAUCGACCCCAUGUUCUUUGUUUACGUGAACCCGUUCAGCGGCAGCCACUCAGAGGGCUGGAGCAUGCCCUUCGGUGAGCACGGCUACCCGCGCUGGGAGAAGACGAGGCUGGGGAACUCCCAGUGCUUCAAUUGGACCCUGCUGCUGGGCAACCGGUGGAAGACCUUCUUUGAGACGGUGCACAUCUACCUAAGAAGCCGCGCCAAGAUGCCCACUGGGUUACGCAAUGACACGGGCCAGGGUCCCGUGGACCUGUCCGACCCCAACAAGCGCCAGAUCUACAUCAAGAUCUCCGACAUCCAGGUGUUUGGUUACAGCCUGCGCUUCAACGCAGACCUGCUCCGCAGCGCCGUGCAGCAGGUGAACCAGUCGUACACCCAGGGGACCCAGUUUUACUCCUCCUCCUCUGUCAUGCUCUUGCUGCUGGACAUUAGGGAGCGGAUUAACCGCCUGGCCCCUCCAGUGGCACCCGGGAAACCCCAGCUGGACCUGUUUUCCUGUAUGCUGAAGCACAGGCUCAAGCUGAACAACAGCGAGAUGAUCCGGGUCAACCACGCCUUGGACAUGUACAACACAGAGAUACUGAAACAAUCAGAUCACCUAACUACCAAACUCUGCUGAGAUACAGUAAACAAACAUACAAAAAAAAGAGCAAACAGACACUACAAAUAUAACUGUUUGGGGAUAUUCCUUUUUAUUUCCUUUUUAUUUUUUUCCUUUUUGGACCUU